AAUCAAAGUUGAGGGUUUUAGAUCCUUUGAUUCAUUUCUUGUUUGACCGAAUUAGAGAGAUAAAUGGGGAGGAGGAUACUGAACGACGCGUUGAGGACGAUCGUGAAUGCGGAGAAGCGAGGGAAAGCUUCGGUGGAGUUGAAGCCUGUCUCUACCGUUAUGUCUUCCUUCCUCAGAAUCAUGAAGGAGAAAGGUUACAUUAAGAACUAUCAAGUCCAUGAUCCGCACAGAGUUGGAAGAAUAACUGUUGACUUACAAGGAAGGGUUAAUGAUUGCAAAGCUCUCACUUAUAGGCAAGACGUCAAGGCUAAAGAGAUUGAGCAUUACACCGAACGCACUCUUCCAACCCGCCAGUGGGGUUAUGUUGUAGUUACAACUCCUGAUGGCAUUUUGGACCAUGAAGAGGCUAUCAAGCGGAAUGUGGGUGGUCAGGUCCUAGGUUUCUUCUAUUAAUAAGUUGCCGGAAAGAGGUUCAAAAUCUGAGACACCAUGUCAUUUUGUCUGAUUUUUCAUCAUUACUUGUUUGUUUCUUGCACUUGUACUUCCAGCAAAAUGGCAAUUAGAUAACAAUAAUACUUAAAUCUCUUGUGACAAAGUUUCCAUUGUUCUAUAAUAUCUUUAGCUUCACAAA